UUAACGCUUGGCGCAACCCUUUGGGUAACGUCGUCGUUUACGCACAACAGACCGCACAAAUUUGGAUCGCUUCCAAAUCAGCAGACAAGCCGGUUCUCACUCGCAAAACCUUGAGCGUCCGUCAGGUGCACAGUUAACCGCGGAAACCGCUGAGACAGAUGCCCUCAGUGGAAACAUUCUGUGACUCUGAUGCAACUACAGCAGAAGUUAACACCGAUAAACAUGAUUCUGACACAAUCAGUAGUUCUACUGAAGAACAUUCCUCCAGACUUGUUUACAAACCACACAAUUGGAAGCCUUUCAUGAAGCAGAGUGAAGACAUGCCACUAAUUCCAGGGAGAAGCAGCAUACCAUUACUGGCAGUGGAACCUGCUGUUUUCAUGACCUUUUUGGCAAGUGCACUAACCAGUACUGUGACACAGAAACUAUUGUUAGACCGUGUUUGCCAGAAAGAACUAGGUCUUUCACAGGAUCACUGUAUGUCACUAAAUGAUACUGAAAAGAACAUGAUUCAACCACAAGUUGCCAAUUUGCUUACAGCAAAGGCCCUACUUGAAAACCUAGUGCCUGCCAUAAUGACUGUAUUCAUUGGGCCAUGGAGUGAUAGGGGUGGACGGCUACCACUUCUGAUGUGUCCCAUGAUUGGCUAUAGUAUUACAUACAUCAUUUAUGGUGCAUUGUCAAUGAAGAAAGACUUGGCACCAGAGUACUUCCUUCCUGCAUCCAUUCCUCUUGGUUUGAGUGGCGGCUUUAUUUCAGUACUGGCAGGUUCCAACAGUUACAUCGCUGAUAUAUUUCCAGAGGACAAAAGGAGUGUUAGGCUUGGUAUGCUUGAUGCUUGUAUAUAUAUGAGCCUACUCUUUGGUAAUGCUGGGGUCACACCACUUUUUGAUGCAUCAGGGUACAUUGGUGUUUACAUGACUUCAGCUGUGAUCUGCAUUACAUCCUUCUUAUAUGUACUAUGUUUUGUUCAAGAAUCUAUUCUCAAACCAAUGGCCAGGAAUACACAAAGCUGUCCACAUUUCUGCUGUUUUGGGGAACUCUUUCAAUGUGGAAUGGUGAAAGACAUGAUGUAUACUUGCUUCAGAUGGAGGCCAAACAAUGGACGUAUUAUAAUUUUUUUGAUAAUUGCUGCACUUGUUGUAACUGAUGUUUCUAUAGAAGGGGAAAAUAUUGUCUACUUCCUCUUCACAAACAAGAAAUUUGGAUGGGAUAUUCAGGAAUUCUCACUGUUUACCAGUGUUGUAAUACUUGCAAGAGUUAUUGCAAUGAUUAGUGGACUGCAUAUAUCUAGUAAAAUUGUAGGCUUAUCAGAUACAGCUGUGUCUGCAAUUUGCUACAUAACAAAAAUUUUAGGGUCAUUAAUAUCUGCUGCAGCACCAAAUGUUGGAAUCCUGUACUUAGGCUGUGCUGUAGGAUUGUUUUCUGGAGUCUCAGGACCUCUUAACCGCACAAUUAUUGCUAAGGUGGUCCCUGGGAAAGAUAUUGGGAAAAUUUUCUCAAUGACAGCAGCUGCAGAGGCAUUAACACCUUUAUUAGCAGCUACCAUAUAUAGUCAAAUUUACAGUGGGACCAUUGCCACCUUCCCAAGUGCCUUCUUCCUUAUCUCAGCUGUGAUUUAUUCGGUGUCUACUGUCCUUAUGAGGGUAGUUCUGCAUUUCCAGAAUCAUCCCAGCAGUGAUUAUGGACCCAUUCCAACCUGAUGAUUGGUACAAAAUGAGUUUUCUGAAUGAACUUUUUGUGUAUUACAUGCUUUGCAUGUUAUGUAGCCUUUAUGCUACUUAUCUUCUAAUAAAAACAAAAUAAUAUUUUUUAAA